GAUAUAUUUAGCGUUCAAGAAAGAGUUGUCCUCAGCGGCUGCUGGAAAGGAGGGGAUCUUCACAUUGCUGCUGUUGCUGCUUGCAAUGUGGGAGAUAUUCGCCUCGAUAGAGAACCUGACUUGAGGACGAACCAGGACCGCGUGGUGCUGAGGCACUUGGGAGGAGACGUGGACAUCCGAACAUACAGAGACAAACCCUUGCACUUCGACGUGGGGUCCCACGUAGGAGAGUUUCGCCUCGGCAGCACAAUUGUCUUGGUGUUUGAGGCGCCAAAGGACUUUGAGUUCUCCGUUAAAGCUGGAGACCGAAUCAAGGCGGGCUACAGACUGGGGGGUGUGGGGCCCCCCUUAGUAGCUGCUGACGAGAAGAGCCGCAAGUUCAUUCAUUACUAG